CUAAAUGUUUUACAUCCGGUUUUGAAACAAUCAUGGCCGCGGUCAGAAGCAAAGUCGUAACGAUUGCCAGAAACAGACUGUUCCACAAGAUUUCAAGCAAACAUGCUGCAAGUUGUCCAGUGCAUUCUCUUGUGAAAAAGAAGGUGAUAGAUAUUCCGUGUGCCUCUUCCAUCUCUUGCCAGGGAAACAGCAGACUGUACAGUAUUACCAACGAAAGCCAAGAGAUUCACACAACGGGUUUAGAUGAAAAAAUAAUUGGCAAUCCAUUGAAACAUGAUGACUAUUUCCAAGUGAAAGGUUUGGUCAAAGUGGAAGAACUCUUCGAUGCAGGUGUUCAUUUUGGUCACAAAUCAGGAGUUCGUAAUGAAUACAUGUUGCCCUACAUAUAUGGAAACAGAGUCGGAGUAGACAUUCUAGAUCUUGGAAAGACAGUUGAGAAUAUGAAAAUAGCAUUAAAUUUUUUAGCACAUAUAGCAUAUCGAGGAGGUGUGAUUUUGUUUAUCACAAAAAAUGCUCUAAGUAUGCCUCUGGUUGAGAAGACAGCAGAAGAAGCAGGAGAGUACAGUCAUUGUAGGUACUGGAGGGGAGGAACAUUCACCAAUGCUACACAGCAGUUUGGCUCUGUCACACGCCUACCGGACACUUGUAUUUUCCUAAGUACAUUAAAUUCUGUGUUUGAACAACACACUGCCAUUGUUGAGAGUGCUAAGAUGAUGAUUCCUACCAUAGGUGUGGUGGACACUAACUCUGAUCCAAGAAUAAUCACUUACCCAAUUCCAGGGAAUGAUGAUUCAUUAAAAUCAAUAGAACUGUAUUGUAGGCUUUUCAAAGAUGCUAUAUUAAAAGGGAAAGAAAAGCGUAAGGAAGAUGGAUUAGACAUAAUGGAGUAAAAGAUGUGCAUUCAGUGAAAUGCUUAGUAGAACUUAACAAUAUGACCAUGAAAUAUUAUUUGAUAAAUUUACACUUCAAUUAAAAUGGACUGCUUUGGACA